GGGCGGAAGUUGGGUGGAACGCACAGGGCGGAAGUCGGGUGUGUAGCCCUCCAGGCAGAGGACUGGCGGGUGAAGACCCAAUAUUACUGUAGAAGAUAUAGAGACAGCGGAGAUGUAUGUGAGGGGGGAUCAGCAGUGUAAGGAGGAGGAAAUCCCUACAGAUAUCAGCACAGAUGGGCCCAGUAACAGAGAUACCCCAGAGAGAUGUCCCCGUCCUCUGUAUUCCCAGGAUUGUACAGAGGAGAAUCACAGGAUCCCACAGGAGCAUCAGCUUGAAGUCCUAACUAAUAUAAAAGUAGAAGAUAUAAAGAGAGAAGAUGACAUUUAUGCGACUGAUAUGAAGGCAGAAGACAUUAAGGAAGAAGAAGAGACGUAUGUGACGGGGGAUCAGCAGUGUAAAGAGGAGCAAAUCCCUACAGAUAUCAGUACAGAUGAACACACAAACAGGAACACGUCAGAGGGAUAUCUCAGUGUGUCUCCAGAUUGUAAAAUAGAAGAUAACAUCACACAGGAUUACCUGGGGAAAAACACAACUGUUUUGAAUAUACAUCCAGUACUUUCCAGUGCAGAUAAAUCACCUGAUCCCUACAAUCAUCUGGAAUGUUCUCCUCAUCCCUCAGAUAUAACGAAACAUAAUACUGCUCAUGAAGGUGAUUCAGUAUUUGCCUGUGCUGAAUGUGGUGAGCGUUUUAUACAUUGGUCAGUGUUUGUUAAGCAUCAGAGAACUCACACAGGCGAGAAACCAUUUACAUGCUCUGAGUGUGGGAAAUGUUUUACACACAAAUCACUUCUUAUUAUACAUCAGAGAAGUCACACAGGUGAGAGGCCAUUUCCAUGCUCUGAGUGUGGGAAAUCUUUUACUCGAAAAUCAGAUUUUCUUAGACAUGAGAGAAGUCACACGGGUGAGAGGCCGUUUCCAUGCACUGAGUGUGGGAAAAGUUUUACACACAAAUCACUUCUUAUUAUACAUCAGAGAAGUCACACAGGUGAAAAGCCAUUUCCAUGCUCUGAGUGUGAUAAAUGUUUUAAACAGAAAUCACAUCUUGUUCUACAUCAGAGAAGUCACACAGGUGAAAAGCCAUUUCCAUGCUCUGAGUGUGAUAAAUGUUUUAAACAGAAAUCACAUCUUGUUCUACAUCAGAGAAGUCACACAGGUGAGAAACCAUUUCCAUGCUCUGAGUGUGGGAAAUGUUUUGCACGCAAAUCACAUCUUGUUAUACAUCAGAGAAGUCACACAGGUGAGAAGCAAUUUCUAUGCUCUGAGUGUGAUAAAUGUUUUAAACAGAAAUCACAUCUAGUUAUACAUCAGAAAAGUCACACAGGUGAGAGGCCAUUUCCAUGCUCUCAGUGUGGGAAAUGCUUUACUCAAAAAUCUGAUUUUCUUAGACAUCAGAUAAGUCACACAGGUGAGAGACCGUUUCCAUGCUCUGAGUGUGGGAAAUGUUUCACAUGGAAAUUCAAUCUAGUUAAACAUCAGAGAAGUCACACAGGUGAGAGGCCAUUUCCAUGCUCUGAGUGUGGGAAAUGUUUCACAUGGAAAUUCAAUCUAGUUAAACAUCAGAGAAGUCACACAGGUGAGAGGCCAUUUCCAUGCUCUGAGUGUGGGAAAUGUUUUACACACAAAUCACAUCUUGUUAUACAUCAGAGAAUUCACACAGGUGAGAAACCAUUUCCAUGCUCUACGUGUGGGAAAUGUUUUGCUCGAAAAUCAGAUUUUCUUACACAUGAGAGAAGUCAUACAGUUGAGAGGCCAUUUCCAUGCUCUGAGUGCGGGAAAUGUUUUUUUAAAAAAUCACAUCUUGUUACACAUGAGAGAAGUCACACAGGUGAGAAACCAUUUCCAUGCUCUGAGUGUGGAAAAUGUUUUCCACAGAAAUCAUAUCUUGUUACACAUGAGAGAAGUCACACAGGUGAGAAACCAUUUCCAUGUUUUGAGUGCAGGAAAUCUUUUACACAGAAAUCAGCUCUUGUUAUACAUCAGAGAACUCACACAGGUGAGAAGCCAUUUCCAUGCUCUGAGUGCGGGAAAUGUUUUUCACAAAAAUCAGAUCUUGUUGCACAUCAGAGAAGUCACACAGGUGAGAAGCCAUUUCCAUGCUCUGAGUGUGGGAAAUGUUUUACACGCAAAUCACAUCUUGUUAUACAUCAGAGAAGUCACACAGGUGAGAGGCCAUUUCCAUGCUCUGAGUGUGGGAAAUCUUUUACUCGAAAAUCAGAUUUUCUUAGACAUGAGAGAAGUCACACGGGUGAGAGGCCGUUUCCAUGCACUGAGUGUGGGAAAUGUUUUACAUGUAAAUUAGAUCUAGUUACACAUCAGAGAAGUCACACAGGUGAGAGGCCAUUUCCAUGCUCUGAGUGUGGGAAAUGUUUUACACUGAAAUUAAAUCUAGUUGCACAUCAGAGAAGUCACACAGGGGAGAAGCCAUUUCCAUGCUCUGAGUGUGGCAAAUGUUUUGCAAGGAAUUCAACUCUGAUUAGACAUGAGAGAAUUCAUACAGGUAAAAAAACAAUUUCACUGAGCUGAUCAGACAAUAUACGGGAUUGCAGUAAUAUUGUUCAUGUUGUAAAAUCUGAUAAUAAUGUGACAUAAAUAUGUUCAAACACAAAGGUGUAUAAGUUAUGGAGGACAUAUUAAAGCUCCACACACGCAGUAUAGUAACGUUUAUAAUUUUAUAUUCCACGUUUCUGUGGAUAUUGAUGCAUUUUGUCACACUUUGGCUAAUUUGUUUUGUAAAGUUUCCAUAAAGUUGUUGAAACGCAUCAAUAAAAUAAUAUGGUGGGUGACAUAUUUUUAUCUUGUGU